AACUUGCGUGGGCGAUUGACGCUCGGCAACUGGUUACACGUAACAGUUGAACGAACUCUCGACGAAUAGCCAAGCGUUUUAUUAAAAUGUAUCGAACAGUUCGCGAUCCAUAGUCGAGAGUCGUUCAAGUAAGCAUGAUACGGUCGAGUUUCGUUCGGAGAACGAGUGAAAUUUAAAUUGAUCUUUCGAUACACGUACGAACACUGAUCGAAUCUCACGUUGUUCACGUCAAUUCAUCGCGCGUAAACCGACGAAUCAGAAUCAGGCGGGCGCGGCGCGUAUUGAAUUAUUCUCCGAAACGAAGUGAAAACCGUUGAAACAGUUCCGAAAUAUCGCGUACGUGAUCUGUAGCGGUUGAACGAUCAUGAACGAUCAAAAUUGUAACUUUACUUUCAACGAAUUCGUAUCCGUUCAACCGUGAAUUCUUGCGGGAAGGUCGCGGACGACCGGCGGCGAGUCGCGAUCGCGCGAAGGGAUCGACACCCUUGAAACGCUCGGAAAGGAGUAACCUCGCACGGGACUUAAAACCCGAUAAAAGUAGUGGCCAGAAGGCGAAUAACGACCAAGGAAACCCGUCGACGGUAACCUUAGCUCGCGCACGUCGUAGAUACCGCGCGCGGUGGUCACUAUAUAAGUGAGACUGUACUCGAUCUCGAAUUCAGUUAGAGAUACACGCGAGUGAUAUAACUAGAUCGAUAGGUAGAUCGAUAGGCGAGUGCGGGUAAACGCGGUCCACGGAAAAUCGAGCACCACGAUAGAGCGGAUGAAAGUAGAGGAUGCAAAUUCUCAGCGAUUCGGUGGACAACGUUUCAGCUAGAGAGUUCUCGUGCUAAGAAUCGGUGGUACAGCCCCGUGUACUUGGAGCAUCGGGAGAACUAUUUUGAAAUUUCGAUAGUGUAUUCGAUACGAAGUGUACGUAUGUAUGCGAUCGUAGAGUCUCCAGUUAUGAACGCGGUAAUCGUACUCAUCCUCACGGUGGGAAUAUGCGCGGCUAUGCCACAGUAUUACGUGCCAUCGGGAUUCGUCUAUCCACAUCCGGCGAACGUACUCAACUCGGCAAUCGAGGAUACGCUACCGAACGAACUGCGAAAUAACUUUUACAAGGAUCCACGGAUAGCUGCCAGGCUCGCGGAAGAAUCAUGGUUUUUCAAUAAGGAAAUGCAGGUAAUCGAUCGCGAGACGGAUAAGAUUCCACGGGAGAAGGUAUACCAUGUUCUUCAUAACGCAGGAUUCGUAAGAAAGUAAAGAUGGAAGCAAUAAAAAAAUUGUCUAUGAUUCAGGAGGUUUAAUUUAAUCGAAAUUAAAUGUUAAAAUUCA